AUCCAGGCGUCAUAAGAUCUGGUGUGAGUCUGCAAUGUAGUGCAUAUCUCAACCUAGGAUUUACAAGAAAUCACCUGACUGACUAAAAAACUAAAACCUUAAAAGGGUGACCAAUCACAUCAUGAAGUACAACAAGGCAUAAGCUCACAUUGCUAUAAAAGGUCAGUUGCAUCUCCACUUGUAGACAUAGGACUACACAACUCAGCAGACAGGCAAAGAGACCCGGAUUGCUCUGGUUGGGAACACUAGACCUGGUAAGAGCUUGACAAUGCUCCAAAACAUGACUGAGAAACGGAUUGUGCUGUUGGGGAAGACUGGUGCUGGGAAGAGUGCAGCAGGAAACACAAUCCUGGGGACGAGAUUGUUCAAAUCACAAUUACGUUCCAACUCUGUGACUAAAGAUUGUGAGAAGAAAAGAGAAAUAGUGUGUGGGCAGAGUCUGGCUGUUAUUGACACCCCGGGGUUGUUUGACACAAAGUUUACACAGGAGGAAGCAAAAGAAAAGAUCGCUCUGUGCAUCAACUUCUCUUCUCCGGGUCCUCAUGUGUUCCUGAUUGUGAUCAAGCUGGGAAGAUUCACUAAAGAGGAGCAGGAAACAGUGGAGUUGAUUCAGAAACUCUUCGGUGACGAAGCAUCAAAAUACACCAUGGUCCUCUUCACACAUGGAGAGAAACUUCAGGAUAGAACAAUUGAAGAAUUUCUGUCUGGAAGUCCAAAUUUAGUAAACUUAGUUGACCAAUGCAAGGGGGGAUAUCACGUCUUCAACAACAAAGAUAAGAAUCCCUCCCAGGUCACUGAGCUGCUUGAGAAGAUAAACAACAUGGUCAUGAUGAAUGGAGGAAGCCAUUACACCACUGAGAUGUUCCAGGAGGCUGAGAGAAAGAUUGAAGAGGAGAAGAACAGGAUCUUGAGAGAGAAUGAAGAGAAGAGAAACAAAGAGGAGGAGAAACUGAAGAAAAUACUUGAAGGAGAGGCUCUGGAGAAAGCAAGAAUGGAGCUGAGGGAAAAACAUGAACGAGAGGCUCGAGAGAAAGCUGAAAAAAUGAACACAGCUGUGCAUUAUCUAGGUGUUGCAGGUUCUGUUGCUGCAAGUGGAGCUACUAUUGGAGGUAUUAUUGCAGGACCACCUGGUGCAGCAGUGGGUGCGUUAGCAGGAGCUAUCACUGGAGUAAUUGAGGUGUUGUUUGAAGAAUAUGUUUGCUGUAUACAAUAAAAAUAUUUAUUUGACUUGACUGCUAAGUAAUUUAACCAUAUAACUGUUUUAGUAUGUUUAUUAACAUAUUAGUAUCCUAGCAAUAGCGAUGAUCGUGUUAUGGGUUAGACAGAAUGAUCUAUGUGAAGUGGUAUUGGCUAGAGGGAAGUAAACAAACGUCUGUCCAUAAGGGUGGGAUAGGAGCCAGCUGAUAGAUCAUCAUUAACUCUCUUAUAUAAUAUUUUCUCAAUGUGUUUGUCAUUAUAUUCUCUUAAGAUGAAUAUCAUAAUUUAUUAGAAUAAAAAUAAGUGUUCUCUCUGCAUAUAAGAAGAGCAAUUAUGUGACUGACUCCCUGACCUCAAGGCCUCUCGUGACUGAUAACAAGACCUGUGAGAUGUUUGGCGGACUACCGGAACAAACACCACCUGCCCAGCAACAGAGAUUGAUUGUUCAUCCUAAACACAGAAGGGGGGGUCUGUGCUUGUGACUUCAUAUCUUGUCUUUGCAGCUGUAUGACCCAGUGUGGCAAAUAAAUCUAGCUUGAGCUUU